AUGUCAGUCCGAAUUGAUCAUGAUGAUAUUUUAAAAAGAGAAGAGCGCGUUGAACUUCCAAAUGAAAACUCAAAUAAAGAUAAAGACAACCAUGAAAUUUUCAAAGCUAAUGAGGAACAAUGGGAAAUACACAUCAAAAUCUUGCAAAUUCAGAUUCAUAACCUCAAAAUGUGGAACCGUAUAAAUCAAGAUCUCAUGAAAAAAAUCUUUAUAGAGGUGGAUUCCUACACUCUUCUUACAAAUUAUUAUAGAUUUGUGCCUUUUGGGGAUCAUAUCCAUGAAUUAGUAGAAAAUGAUCCAGAUGUUAAACUCUAA